AUGCCAGUUUAUGUCCCCAUACUUGCUGGUCUUGCAGCAACUUCUUUUGUGGGAAUUGCAGUAUUUCUCUAUAAAAACCCGGAGCUUGUAGAUGAGGUGCUUGUAGAAGUCAAGAAUUUCUUGCUCAAUAAGAAGGCCCAGAUUCAAGUCAAAAUGCAGUCUGCUAACGAGUUUGUGAUACGCGAGGUUGAUGAUACUGGGCGCAUUUUGCGUGAAAAGAUCUUUACAUCUUCAAAGCACAAAGAACCUCCAAUGACUGCCGUCUCUAACAAAUCUUCUUCUUCUUCUUCUUCUUUUUCUUCGUCCUCUUCUGCUGAAGAUGAAAAACGAGCAUUUUUGAACCCAGAGGGUUAUUACACGGGCCGCAUGCCUACACCAUCUUCAUCGGGAUGCACUACGCCUACGUCCUUAAAGGGCAGUGACGCGGGCCGCGAUUUUGAGUCACUGCGUCGCAGACUAGGUCCGGAGAGCGGAUCCUUUCACGCUGGUCGUUCUACUCACCAACAAGCCUCGUCAUCUGGCUUUGCACGCCCCGCUGGCGAGGGCGUGCCUGGAAACUUUGAUGCUCCCGAUUAUUUUACUGAGGAUGGUGAUGAAGACAUAUAUGCGCCACCAACUCACACAAAGAUUUUGGAAAACAUUCCAUUGGAGUAUCUCGAGCGCGAGAUUAGAAGACGCAAAAGCGGCUCCACAUCUGUUGAAACUUCGUAUCAUACAGUGGUGCCAUCUCUUAUGACAUCGUCAUCUUCUUCAAAUAAUCCAUUUGCAGAUGCCUUUAAGACACCUGAAGAUGAAGAUGAUGAUGACGAGCCUCCGUCGCUUCCUCCCAAAAUCCCUAUUGGUAACGAUAAGACUUACACACCACAGUUUUCCCGGCGCAAUAGCUUGACCAGCGAGGUCAGCGUAUCGAGCUCGAUUUUAUCCGGGUCCGUGGCAUCCCUAUCCUCCUCAUGGCAAAACGUGCGUGUCCCACCUACUUCAAAUAACGGAUUGACGGAUUUCCAAGAGUAUGAAAGACAGCUGCGUGACAAUAUGGGUGGGCUUAACUAUCAGCCAAUGGCUGGGGCUUCCAUCUUGGCGGGGACUACUGCUGACACUUCUGCGGCGCAGAAUAUCCAAAACAUGGAUGCAGCUCUUUCUUCCGAACCCUCGUUGGUCUACAGCUGUCCAAGCAGUGUAACCUUGGAAUCUUCAAGCCAUGGCUUACAUGAGAACCCCAAUGGAGACUCAGAAUCAGAGGCGUUGACGCCUAUUGUAUCACGUUCCAGUACUCUUGAUUGCGAAAGUGUGAUUUAUCAAGACACAUCGUCAGAGUCUGGUUAUUCUAACCAGUCUAGCAGACCCAGAAGACACGUACAUUAA